UUAUUAGAAAACCCUUAAGGGUUUGUUCGUCGUAAAUCAUAUAAAAAACCCGAGUGCCGUUUAUUGAUAUCGAGGCAUAAUUAAAGAAGGAUAAAAAUAGAAAGGGUUUUAAAUAAAAUUACAAUUGCCUAGAAAUAUGAUAUUUUAAAUAAAAUAAAUAGUAUUUUUAUUUUAUUAUACUUAAAAUUGUAUUUUGUUAAAAUUUUUAAAGUAAAAUACGCAAAAUUGUAUACUUUUUAAGUUAACCGAUUUAUCUAUGAGAUUCCUAUAGGUCAAUUAAAAUAUUUUUACAAUUUUAAAGUAAAGCUAAUAAUUAAAAUUUAAAGUAAAACUAAUAAUAAAGUUAAAGAAUUAUGUCUGCAAAUAUUAAAAACUGGUCGCCUGCAGAAGUAGCCAAAUGGCUGUUAGAUAAUGGAUUUAAUGAAAAGACUGCAGCCGAAUUUGAAAAUUCCUGAUAAUAUACAAUAGCCAAAUAUGCCCCAAUUUUAUUGUGAAUGUGGCAACAAUUAUUUUUCAUUUGGAAAGUAAAUACUUUCCAUCUUUCCAUCAACGACAUCUUAUCUUGUUUCAUGAAAAUCAGCCUCUUUUUUACGUUAGAUGUGUUUCAAGUGCAUGCAAGCAAACUUUCACAAGUGCUAAUAGUCUAAAAGAACAUGUUCAAGGAAAGCACAGUAAUUUAUUAAGAAGCUGGUCUAAUGAUAAUGAAAGUGAUCAGGGGAGUAGAAAUAAUAGAAAUGAUAACAUCAUAGAUUCAUCUGAAACAACCGAAGAAUCAAAUGAUCAAAAUAAUGUAAAAUUAGAUCAAGAUUUUAAAUCUAAAAAUAUUACUGAUAUGCUUAACACUUUGAAAAAAUAUUUUGCAUUUCUUCUUUUGCGACUCAGAGAAGUGCACAUACUUCCAGCUUCUGUUCAUGCAGAAAUUACAAAAGAUAUACAAAACCUACUUUUGAUUACACUAAGUAGUUUUAAGGAUGUUAUAUGUCAAUAUUUAUUUAAAAAUAAUAUUUUACCACUAGACAAUAAUUGGGCACAUAUAACAGACACAGAAAGAUUGCUGCAAUUCAUGGGUGAGAUGUCUUCAAAUGAAAAUAGACUAAUUGGAUUAUUGAAAAGCAAAAAAAUGAUUGCAAUGCCAAGACAAAUAGGUUUUAGAAUAAAUAAUACAACUGCUGUUUUUCAAUACAUUCCGAUUCUAGAAGUUUUAUCGAAAUUAGUUUCCCAUAAAGAUGUUUACAAUUGUUUGGGUGACAGUUACAAUCAGUCUUUUUCUAAUAAUGAUUUUAUGAUGUCUUUUUGUGACAGUGAACUUUUUCAUAGUGACAAUUUUUUUUCUGAAAAUCCAAGUGCAUUGCAGAUUCAGUUAUAUGUAGAUGAAGUUGAGCUUUGCAAUCCAAUAGGAGCUAAGCGAGGGAAGCAUAAAGUGACUGCAUUUUAUUUUUUGUUAGGCAAUAUUCCAUCUGAGUUUCGUUCAAAGCAAAAGUUUAUUCAUUUGGCUUUAUUGGUUGAACAUAAAUUUAUAAAAAUGGCCGAAUAUGACUACACUGAAGUUCUUCGUCCAUUAAUUUAUGAUUUAAAUGUACUGCAGAGAAAAAGAAUUGAGGUUUCCGUUAAUGGAUUACAUCAACGUUUAAAAGGCAAACUUACAGGUAUAUCAGCUGAUAUGCUUUCAGCUCAUGCUAUAGGAGGAUUUUAGCAGUAUUUCCAUACUGGAAGAAUUUGUCGUUUCUGUAUGGUGGACAAGUCAGAAGUUGGAAAUAACUUUAGUGAAAGCACUCUUCGUCUCAGAACACCAGAAAUUCAUGAAUACCACUUAGCUGCUAUAAUUGAUAAUGCAGCAAACAAGAAUGUGUAUGGUGUUAGCAAAAAGUGUGAUUUUUUAGAGUUAGAUAACUUUGAUGUACUUACAGCUUUCCCUCCAGAUAUAAUGCAUGAUUUAUUUGAAGGCAUUAUGCCAGUAACUUUGAAAUGUGUUAUCAAACAUUUGUUACGUUCUUGUAAUACAUUAUCAGUAAAUAAUAUAAAUGAUUCUAUAAACAAAAUUCAUUUAAUUCAUCUAAUCGCCCUUGCCAAUUACCUAAAAACAUUGCAUCAGAUAAAGCACACAUAAAUGGAACAGCUGUACAGAAAUUAGAACUUUUCCUAUUGUUUCUGCAGUUAGUCGGUAAUGAUGUACCACAUGGAAAUAUUGGCUGGGAGGUUUAUCUUAUACUUCGUGAAAUAUGUGACAUUGUUAUUGCCCCAAUUGUAGAUAGUGACAGUAUAUACAUGUUAGAAGAACUAGUUGCUAUGUUUUUGAAAACAUUUUCUGAAGUAUUUGGUUCUGAAUAUAUUAUUCCAAAAAUGCACAUGCUUGUUCAUUACCCUCGUCUGAUACGUCUAUCUAAACAUCAGUAUUUUACCCUAUCUAAACAUCAGUAUUUUAAAAAAGCUGCCUCAAAUGGACGAUAUUUUAAGAAUAUUACCAAAACAUUGUCAAAGCGUCAUCAAAUGUUGCAGUGCUGGGAAAUGCUGACAGGUGAUAUGCUUUUAUCUAAUUAUACUGUGUCUGGAAAUGCACCUAGAUUUUUUCAUAACUUGGAUGUUAAAGUACAAGAAGCUAUAAGAUUGUUACUUAAUUUAGAUAUAGAAGGGAAUGAAUCCAUAGUUAUAGCGAAAUCAAUAUCAGUUGUAUAUAUUUAUAGUUGUAUAUAUAUAUAGUUGUAUAUAUCAUAUGUAAUAAUGUAUAUACAUAUUACUUGCUAUAACCUUGUAUAAUUAC